AUGGGCGGCGACGAAUUCGGGCUGAUCGUCUGCACGUCGUCGCGCGACGAUCCCGGAGUGAUCUUCGAUCGGUACCUGGAAGUGCUGCACGAACCAUUCUUCGUCGAAGGCAAUCGAAUAGAAGUGCGGGCCACGAUCGGUUACUCCAGCGCGCCCGAGGAUUCCAACAGACGCAGACGGAUUGGUGAUGCUGGCGGAUCUGGCUCUGUACGAAGCGAAGUCGACGGGGCGCAAUCGAGUAGGCAAGUUCUCGCCGCUGCUGCGGGCGAGGGCAUCGGCGCGGGCGACUGCGCUCCACGAGCUGGACAGAGGAUCGAGGAAGGGCAGUUCGAUCUCCACUAUCAGCCUCAAGUCGAUACUCAGACCGGUGAAGUGGUGGCCUUCGAGGCUCUUCUACGGUGGAACCAUCCCAGCCGCGGCCUCAUCGGGCCCAGCCAGUUCAUCUCGGUGGCGGAGGAAACCGGAAUGAUCAUUCCCUCGUUGGUGUCGCGAGAGUUCGGUGCGAUGGUGAAGAAAGCUCUGACGGAUUCGGGCUUGGCUCCGCAUCUGCUGCAGCUCGAAAUCACCGAGACAGGUGUUGUGGACGAUCGCGCGAUCCGGGAUCUCUACAAGCUGCGUGAGCUCGGGGUUACCGUCGCACUCGACGAUUUCGGGACCGGCUAUUCUUCCUUCGCCACGCUCCAGAGACUUCCAAUCGACGUUCUCAAGAUCGAUCGCAUGCUGGUCACCGACUCCGGACGAUCCGAAGAUGUCCGUGGUGAAGUCCAUCGUCGAAUUGGCCGCGGCCCUCGUUCCCGCCGCGUUCAGUGGGUCGGGUGUGACCUGGUCCAGGGUUAUCACAUCAGCAAGGCUCUGACCGCUGAGCGCGUCGAUGUGUAUCUUGCCGCCACGGACACGGAAACCGGGCAUCUGAGCCGAGCGGAUCGUGGCUACCGCCUGCCGCUUUCGCUUGAUACAUCAUCGAAUCCGCGACAUUUGUCGCCGCCAGGAUUGCGGAAGCACCGCCGCUCCACGCCUUCGAUUCGGCGGUCAUCAUCACAGCUCCGACGCUCACCGUUGUGGGGAUCGCGUCGGAACAAUCCGGUACAGUGCCGCGUUUAUCCCUUCGAUCAACAGGAUUGUCGAUUCGGGAUCACCGGCAAUGACAGCCAGAUAUUCUUCUCCGCCCGUACGAGCGAUGAUUCCGUGUUCGCCGAGAUGUGUGCUCAAUCGGUUCGCGGUUCUUCUGAUGACGAUGUCGCCUUCGGCAUGACCGUGAAGAUCAUUCACCGUCUUGAAUUUGUCGAUAUCGACGACGACGAAAGCGAGAGACGAAGAAUCGUCUCGGGUGCUCUCGGAAGAGAUCGCCGACUGCCCUCCAGUCCCCGACGGUUGAACAGGCCAGUGAGGGGAUCCCGGUCCGAAUACUGGGCAUCGCGG